GCUCCUUCCCUCAUCUCUUCCUAAUUGUCUUAGGAAACCUGCAGCUGAUUCCCAAAACACCAGAAACAUUAGACCAUUCGUCAAAACGCCAGUCAUGAAGUUUCUCGUCCUUGUAUUGGUCGCGAUGAAGGUGUCAUCCCAGGCCUUGACCCCUGCACAUUGUAACGACCUCAAAGGACUCAAGUCGCCAUUCCGUGGCCAUGGAUGUAUGAGCAAAGCUUGCUCCACUCACACGUGCUACUUCACCAACGGAUCCGGAGGUGCGCCCAAGCCGGCAGAGUGGAAGUGUCCAGAGAACACAUCGCUUGCCUGUAUGCCACCGCAGGGAACAUUUGGCAUAUGCAAUUGCCAAUGCGUUUCAGCCGCUUAUCCUGCUGGGUGCGUGCCAUUUUGACCAAAUGCAUUGGUUAGAAGUGUGCGAGAGCCAUGUCGACAACCGACGUUCUGAAUCGUCUUUGGGCUUCA